CCUGGGGUAGGGAUUAGCGGAGGGGCGUCGCCAUCCCCGCCGUGCAGGCACUCCCGCGGGCAGCCCCGCAAGGCCCCCGGAGGCGAGCGGUUGCCAUGGAGACGGGGCCGCGGGGCCCGCAAGAACACAGAGACUAAAGAAAUGGAAAAAUUCACUCGGCUGGAAGCUCUGCUGUUUACUGCUGUGCUGGAGAAUUGCAUUGAUCAGCUCUUAAUCCUUGGAUAUAUCAUGCCGGUUUCAUGCGAGGGCAAGACAGACAUCAACUGUAUUGAGAGCCAGGAAAUGCAAGAAAUCAGAGACAACAAGAAGGAGCUGGACACUGACCAUCAAGAGCUUAUGUCUGCAAGGCAAGGGGGUGGGGAAACAGUUACCUCCAAGCCUCUGAAAAGCACUGAACGCAGGCAGCAGCUGGGAAGUUCUGAGGAUCUGAAAAGAGCCCAUCAUCUUUCCAACAAGGCCAUGAAACACAGUGCUCUGCCUGCAGAUACUCUCAGAAAAAUUCAGGCUGACAGGCAGUAUGCAAGUGAUGUAAUUACUGCAACUAUGAAGGAGAUGCAGGAAUCAGGAACAUUUAACAGCCUAAUAGAAGCUAAUGGGAGAGAGAAUGCAAAGAAGAGCAAGUUUCAUGACAUCCUCAUCAGGGAGGAGGAAGGAAAGAAGGAGAUAAAAUCUCUCCAGAAACAGCUGCAAGAUGUCAAGAAAGAAACUGAAAUGGAACUUCAGAACCGAGAUAAUAUGAUUGUCUACCUCAAAGAUGAGUUCCAAGAGAUGAAAGCCAAAACAGACGUGGAGAAACGCUACAUAAAAAAAAGCACAGACCUCCAGGUCCACCAAACCCAGAAGAAGUGCAGCAAUGCAGAGAAUGGACUGAACAGGGAAAUUGAGGACUUGAAGAGGAAAACUGAUGAGGAGAUUCGAGUCCACAUGGAGAUUGAAAAUUUCCUCAGGCAGUACUAUAAGAAGGUGGAAGAGAAGCUGGAAUACUGGGUGGACAAGUAUGAAUGUGACACAGACGCUAAAGACAAAGAACUUGAAGCCCUAAAAGAAUCAAAGGCAAACAACUUGGAAAUGCUGCAGAGAUUUGCCAGUGAGUGCCAGACGUUUGAGGAAACCAUCAUUGCUGAUCGGGCAGAAAAGGAGGCUAAAAGAAGACAACUAGAGCGGGAUGCCCUGGAACUGAAGAGCAUCCUGAAGCUGCAGGCCUGGUGGAGAGGUACAAUGGUCCGCAGAAACCUUGGCCCCUACCAGAACCUCAGGAAGAGUCGAGAGAAGCAGCUGUUGAAGCAGACAAACAAAAAGGAUAAACCUGGAGCAAAGAAAAAGAAACGCUAAGUAAGAAACCCAGCCACAGAUGCGCUCCGGGGCUGCUGCUGGGCAGGGCACUGCUCUCUGUGUGUCCAUCAGGACAAAAUAAACCACGUAAUAGACCUUGGGCUAUUCUGGAGAACGUAGUUCGUGACACACAGUUAAGGUGAAGCUCCAGUGACUUGAAGCUGUCUUUGUACAGCAGAGACACUGCUUCCCCAGUAGCAGCUUUAUGGAAACAUUAAAACUAGCGGGAUGUAAUGCUAUGAACAGCUCAGUGACUCACCAGAUGAGGUGCUCUGCACGGAGAACCUCCUUUGCAGCCCCCCACAGCACUGGCCAUGGAAGCGAUGGUGUUUGCUGUGGCUCCGGCGGCUCUGAGCGAGGCAGGGAAGCCAUCACCCACAUGUGGGCUCAAGCCGUGCUCUCCCCGGUGUCGGUGCCAGCAUUAGGUCGGCCAGGGGAAAACUGCUGACGCUUUGCAGUGUAAACACGAGGGCAGGCGAAGCAUGCAGGUUUCCAUUCCCACAGCCCUGCAAAGUGCCAGCACAAAGACAGAAUAGCUCUCCAUGCCCUCCUGCAGAGGGAAGCAACAAUGGAAAAAGACAGCUGGCCGCACUGCCCAGAGGAGCUGCUCUGUCACAGCCGUACCCACCACCGACUGCGACCUCCGUGCAGGGAUGUCAGGCAGUGGGCAGGGAACAAAGCUGGUGGGGAGCAAAGUUCUGGGUUUUUUUUUGGCCCUUUCUCCUGACACCACUGUCACUCGCCUACAGGUUUGUGCACAAAGCAAAACUAGUCCUGUGGCUGAGCCGGCUGCUUUCUGACACUCCCGCACAGGGAAGAGAGCUCAAACCAUACAAACUCAUCCCCAUCUGUGCUUUUUGUGACCAGCCUGUGCUGGCCCCAUCCGAACAUCCUUGUGUCCAGGUUGAACUGUGCCAAAAGCUCUAAAGUUCAAGCAGGAUUACUGAAAUCACGAGCAAAGAGCCUUUGGCUCAGAACCCUGUCUGAAGGGAAGGAAAGGGGCUGGUGCCUGACUAUCAGGCUGAGCUGGUUAUCAAGGGAGUGCUGAAACUGCAGACACUACACAAACUCGAGUUAGAAAUAUUGGCAUUGCUACUGGGGGCACUGCUGGUUAAACCACAACGCGUUCCCAUUCCAACACGUACCAAAUCUGUGCAAACGCUCACUUGCUUUCCACGGUCCCCACGGGGCGGCAAGAACAGGGGUUACUCCAGUCCCGAGCUGGCAGGAGCAAGCUAAGACUGGGCUUACAUCACACAUCUGUACCACAGCUCCUUCUUGCAGGGGGCACUGCAGAGCAAUCAGGGCAGGUAUGUCCCUAAUUCUAAAUCUCCUUUCUUACGCUUAUGUCUUUGCUUGCUUUUCAGCAGAGAGCAAAAUAUAAUGGAAUUCGUACAAGUCCUCCUCAGCCUCUGCCUGGCUCCCUGGCAAGCCCCCGCUCCAAGCAGGGUAACACAGCACUUACAUCAAGUGCCCCAGAGCUGCAGUGGACAAACCAGGAGCGAGUUACACACUGCACUGGAUCAUGAAAUAAUUCAAAAUUUCAAUUUCAGUACCUAAUAUCUUGAAGAGAAAACAAGCAACUCCCCCCAGCCACAAAUUGCUUGGGCACAGCAAAGCACGCUUCCAAACUUAGCAAGCUGCAAACCCUUGUGUAAUAGGGAAGGGGUACUCCUUCUUUCAAAAAUAAUUUAACAAAAAAUUAUAUCAAAGCAACAGGGGAACUGGCUUUGCUGUUCUGCUAAAGUAGGAGGUACCAAAAUCCCUGGAGUCCCAAGGCGAGCAUCCUGGCUGCCAGGUGACACUGCCCUGUAGACAGGGGCAGAGGCUUUUAUCCUGACCUAACCCGUGUCAGCUUACCCCUUCCAGGUGAGAACAGCACCCUCCUGCCUGCAGACUCUGCUCGUGCUGCCAUCCAUCCAGCUCCUCCAGGCCUUCUCCGCUGCAUCGGCCGCUCUCAGAGCCACCGCCCUCUGUAUGAGCCUCACCUUGCCGGGCUGGAAAUCAGAGCGGGCUGCUGCUGCUUGGCUGUCCAGCUGCUGAAUACAGCUGAGCACCCCGGUGACUGGAGCAGGGAGCACCAUCCCACAACCCGGCAGUUUUGAGGGACUUUGCCAGGGUUGGCACAUUUUUUCCAGCUGCGGAGAGACAGGAUCACAGCACACACCCGAGGUGUUUUCUGCAGGAAAUCCCAGCGAUCAGGAGCCCUUUGGAUGGACUGGUUUUCCAGGGAGGUGAAUGGAGGAGAAAGAAAGGCAGGAGACAGAAGCUAGGGGAGAAAUGAAACCUGGAGAGAACUGGGCAGCCCUGAGGAAGGCAGGAAGGGAGCUGAAGAGGAGUGAAUAUUUUGGCUAACAGGAACAAACCUUUCAGACACAGGGAGGGGAUAGGCAUGAAGCACAGGGACACAUUUUACAGACUGAACCGAGGCAGGACAAAAUCAAGCAGAAGAUGAGAACUGCAAAGAGCACCAAGACUGGCAGCAAACGGCCCAGGCCUUGCAGGUACAGUUUACUGCUUGGUUUGAGAAGGUUUAAAAACAAACAAAAACACAACGGGGGGGAAAGGGGGGAAGAAGGGGUAGAAGGAGGGAGUAGCAAAGGACUCUGAACAAAACUGUUGCUACUCAGCAUCUAGGAAGGGCUGAAAGCAUCUCCAAGAAAGUUUCUGGUGUGGCUACACAAUGCGUGUAAAAAUGCUGGAUGUUUUCUAUCCUGGUUAACAAUGAAAGCUAAAGAAAAAGCAGGUCCAUUAACUGCCAACUUGAUGAUGUGGAGGGUGAAUACGCACACCUGGCACACAGGAUGUGACAUUCAUUCAUACAACAGAACAUCAGGAAAACAUACUGUAGUUCAUGUAAGUCUUAAAACUUUAUUUCAAAUUACCCAUGGUUUUCUUUUAUAUUAUUAAUGUGCUAGAAGUUCACACUACUGGCAGAAUACAGGCAAUUUAAAAUAAAGUGUACAAUAUUCAAACAUAUUUAUUCUUAACAGACUUAGAAAUUAUGGAAUGUAUUUACAGACAUACAGCAUGGGAUGAAGCUUUAAAAUCCUUUACUCUAUUAAUUACACGUUUACACUGUUUUCAGAAAUAACAAAAUUAGAUUGCUUUGUAAAACAUCACAAUAUUUAUACAAAAGAAUUUUUUAAUGUCCAAAUUCACCGUAAAAGCCCUGUUUCUAAAACAUUUUUUCAAAGGACCUCUUAUAGCUAUAAAAGGAUAAAAAUACCAUUUGCUGUUGUGUCACUACCAAGAACAACAGAGGAGUUCUCGGUGCUGUAAAAAAUUCUCUCUGAUCUAUUUUAAACAGGCCACCAAAGCUCCCCCCCUUCACAAGGGGGAAGAAUCAAAUCCCAGUUGCUUUGACCUGAUCGUUUCAAUGCCAUCAGGGACUCCUGAGUGCCAGUGCCACUUGAUUUCAAGUCUGUGACGCUGCUGAGCCUCAAAUGCUGCUCAGUGCUCGACACCGUUUGAGGGAGGAUGGUGGAACAAUGGGGUCAGUAUACGGAUACUGGCAAGCACGAAACACUCAGCUGGAUUCCUCCCACAUCCUCCAACACAAAUGCCCCAGAAAGGAAAAAACAAUUGCCUCUUUAACACAAAAUAGAAUUUUAUACAGUUUCUUUAAAAUAUUCUUUUCACUGGACACAACAAAAAUUGCACAUAAAUACACUAAAAAAAAUCUCCCAACCUAUUUUGUAAAAAUGAAACUGCAGGUUUUUUUUUUUUUUUUUUUUUGUAUAAUACAUUAAAUAAGCCCUACAAUGAAACUUCAGGUCUGGAUUUUUGUCCUAAACAUCUGGUCAACAUUUAGUGUUUGCCGGCAUGAAAACACAA